AUGACUCUGGUCGGAACUGAUGGCAAGGAUGAACACCUUGCAAACACGACGAUUACUCAAUCAUCAAACGACAGAAGUAACGACAAGAGUGGCGGCAGCACAAAUCCUAUUCUACUAUCUCAUAAUAUAGCUGGCUCAGUCGUGGCGGGAUGCUUCUCCACCAUUCUUGGGCAUCCUCUGGACACGAUCAAAGUUCAUCAGCAGACCAAACCUAAGUUUGCCAAAGCGACUGUUUUGGAUGUGGCCAAGAGCAUUACACUGGAAGAAACCGGAUCAAAGCGAAAUAUCACUCGCUUAUUCCGAGGGAUUGGACCUCCAAUGGCUAAUCAAAUGGUCAUGAAUACUGUCAUGUUUACGGUAUUUGAUUCGAUCAAAACAAUCGCUACGAAACAAAACAUGGAGGAAACCUCCGCCGCCCUGUGGUCGGGUCUGUUUGCAGGAUUUGCCACGGCGUGUAUCAGCACACCGACGGACUGGAUCAAAAUUCAGGCGCAAACUUCUCUUGUCAACAACCAGACCAACAUAUCCACUGGUGAAAGAGCGACAACAACCGUCCUGUCUAUACUGAAACGAGAAUUUGUGUCGAAAGAUAAUGGCAGGAUUCAGUGGAAACAUGCGACGUCAACGUUAUACCGAGGCCAUCUUGCCAAUCUCGGACGUGAAGGUAUCUUCACCAUGGUGUAUCUAGGUCUUUACGAUCGGAUUUCUCAUGUGGUUCGACGACAACAUUCACACCAACAAAACAAUAAUGGUGUUGACGAAGAUUUGGGAAUGGCAAGUGUUUUGAUGAUUAGUUCUCUUACAGGAGCUUGUGCUUGGUUAUGCAACUAUCCAUUUGAUACUGUCAAGAGCAUUCAACAAGCAGUCGGCGGUGGUUCGCAACGAAUGACGUUGUCAGCGGUGGCCCGGCAAAUUUACCAAGGCGGUGGUAUGAUGGGCUUUUUCCGAGGGGCUGGGCCUUCUACUGUUCGUGCCAUGAUGGUGACUUCUUCUCGCAUGGUUGCUUAUGAAAAGACGAUACAAUUACUGAAAGGAUACGAAUGA